GUUGAGUUGAGUUUUACUUUGUGAAGUAUACUUGAGGGUGGGUGAAGUGGCAAACAAACAAAAUGAAUUUUUCAAUCAUCAACAAAACAACCCGCCAUCUACCUCGUGCUCAUAUGAUUUAACAGAAAAAAGUAACCCGCCGACCGAAAAUAGCUUGUACCUCAAAUUCAACAAGUGUUCCUUAUACAUAUCGAAUGGCAUCGAAUAUGGCUAACCACAACGAAAGCGCUACAAGUGCUGCUAUCGAAACAAAUUCGCCUGUAGAACCUGCAACCAACAACGAUCAAAGCGAAAAUGAUUCAGAAUGCUCCGCACCGGACGAUUUACUUGCGGACAGCGAAAGUUAUUAUAACAAUGCGAAAAACUAUUGGUCGAACGUGUCUCCCACUGUCGAUGGCAUGCUUGGCGGGUUUGGCAGCAUAUCGCUCAUCGACAUCCGCGGAUCAGAGCAGUUCCUGAAGCAUCUGUAUAAGCAAAAACCGGCCCCGGGACGCACUAGAGCCUUAGACUGCGGUGCGGGUAUUGGUAGAAUCAGUAAGAAUCUGCUUUUGCCAUUGUUCGACCAUGUAGACCUGGUAGAGCAGGAUGAACAUUUCUGCCAGACGGCUCGUACCGAAUUGGCAGAUUUCGGAUCCAAGCUAGGCACAGUAUUUAACGAAGGUUUGCAGGAUUUUGUCCCCGAGCAAGGGCGGUACGAUAUUAUCUGGGCGCAGUGGGUGCUUGGUCAUUUAACAGAUGAGGAUACGGUACAGUUUUUCCACCGUUGUUCGAAAGCGCUCGCCCGGGGUGGUAUGAUAGUGAUAAAGGAAAACUUCACCAGCAGCAAUGUGGUAGAUCUCGAUCGAACAGAUUCGUCAGUAACUAGACCGUUGUUACAGAUGAAACAAUUACUAAAGCAAGCCAACAUGCGCGUCGUUAAGGAGCAGCGUCAAACAAGCUUCCCCAAAGAACUGUAUCCCGUGUACAUGUUGGCGCUUCGGCCCAUGAUAAAGAAAUAAAAUUGCAGUGAUGUUUAACAAAUAAAUUGGAACAAACGGUUUCGCAUAAUUUUGUA